UAAGCAUUUGGUGACCUUGAUGAAACAAAUGUGGAUCGACACAAAUUGUGAACUUUCAACCUGAAUUUUAUCGAUGAAACUUAUGUGUCAACGCGACACAAACACGUGAUCUGAAUCUGUAAAUGCGGAUAGAUGACAUAUGAGGCUACCACUUCGAAUGAGCGUAGAUCGAAAUCUACGUCGCCUCCGAAACCUGCAGUCAAUCCUGCGGGUGGGGGAUGGUCAAGUUCUCAGGAUCGAACCAUGCAGAGCGUGCUCAAAGUCACCUGAAGGUACCAACUCUGUUAGCAUUGGUGGCAUCAACAUCAAGAUAACAAAGCCAAAGAAUCCAGAAUGUGUACCAAAAAACUAUUUGCCAGAGAAAGUACCACAGUCAGUUUUAAGACACUUGAAAUGGAUCAUGCAAAAGGAUUUGCUAGGACAGGAUGUCUUUCUGAUUGGAUCUCCGGGACCAUUGAGAAGACAGUUAGCAAUGAUGUACUUGGAAUUGACAAAGAGGGAAGGGGAGUUUGUGUCAUUGUCAAGAGACACAACAGAAGCAGAUCUCAAGCAGCGGAGAGAAAUACGCUCUGGUAGCGCUUUCUAUCUUGAUCAGUCAGCAGUAAGAGCAGCAGUGAGUGGUCACAUACUGAUACUGGAGGGUAUAGAGAAGGCAGAGAGAAAUGUUUUACCUAUUCUCAACAAUCUGUUGGAGAACCGUGAGAUGCAGCUGGAGGAUGGGCGCUUUCUUGUGGCUGCUGAUAGAUACGAUAAAUUACUGCAGGACCAUACUAAAGAAGAGUUAGAUGACUUGAAACUAGUCAGAGUAGAUGAGAGAUUUAGAGUUAUUGCCCUUGGUUUGCCAGUACCUCGUUACCAAGGCAACCCUCUAGAUCCACCGUUAAGGUCAAGGUUUCAGGCAAGAGAUGUUAACCAGCUGCCAUUCAACGAGGAAUUGGAACUGCUUCAGGAGUCUGCCCCAAAUGUCAGAUCUGAUAGAUUGGCACACAUGUUGAUGUUUGCUUCCACUUUGGUGUCAAAAGAAUCUACCUCACUUGGACUCCCUGAUUUCCCAGUUGCAAAUUUACAGGACCUGGCAAAAAUCCUGAAUGUUAUGCCAGAAACCAGUCUACAUACAUUGAUACAGAGACUGUAUCCAUACAAAGCUAUGAUGGGCAAAGAAGGACAAACUGCAGUUACUGAUGCAUUAGCUAAAUUUGAUAUACCUAUCUCUAAAGUAGAACAGAGUCAUUUAGUCUCUGUAGAAAGAUUGAAAGAAGGAGCCAAUGUUUCAUUGAAGACUGGGAGGAAAACAGACAAUUUUAAGGUAGAAUCAGGCAGUCUUGACAUUGGUCAGUCUGGCAGUCACCAGUUCAUUCAGACCAGUUACCAUGAUGGCCUCCUUGCAGAAAUGUUGCAGUCACAUCUUGUAAAAGACUUCUGUGUUAUAGGAGCUAGGGGUUGUGGAAAAUCAGCAGUUAUAAAGAGAUUUGCCAGUCUGCUUGGAUACCAUAUUGAGCCUAUUAUGUUAUAUCAGGAUAUGACAUCACGUGACCUGUUACAACAGAGAACAACCUUAUCUAAUGGAGAUACCGCAUGGAGAUUGUCUCCCCUGGUCACAGCAGCACUAGAGGGCAGUUUGGCAGUGCUGGAUGGAGUACAUAGAAUUAAUGCAGGCUCUUUCUCCGUCUUACAGAGACUAGUACAUGAUCGUGAGCUCCAGUUAUUUGAUGGUACAAGGUUGCUUGGGAAAGAGAGAUAUGAUGCCAUUAAAGCGGAACAUGACUUAACGGAUGCUGAAAUGGCUGAGAGACAUAUUCUAAGUAUACACCCAGGAUUUAGAAUUCUUGCUCUAGCCGAGCCCCCAGUGGUCGGCAGUAGUAACCAGCAGUGGCUCAGUCCAGAAAUUUUGACCAUGUUCCUCUACCACAAUAUGCGACCUUUGACCCAGAAUGAAGAACAAGCUGUCAUCUCCCAGCUGGUACCACAUUGUCCAGAUCUUACAAAGCUGCUGCAGUUCUCACAUCAACUCAGAAAUUCUAAUGAUCCUACAGUGUCUUCUAUAGCAUCCUCUUUGUCAACCAGACAGUUGAUCCGAGUUGCGAAACGCUUGGCUAGCUUUCCAUCUGAAGAUCUGUAUGGUGUUAUACAGAAAGCAUGUUUAGCUAGAUUUUUACCUCGUCUUGCAAAGUCGGCAUUAGAACAAGCUUUAGAAGAAUCGGGUAUAAUUAAAAUCAGCUCUGAACAACACUCUGUAGACGGCAUAGAGAAAUCUAUAACCUGUGAAAUAAAGGAUAACAAGUUACGGAUAGGCAAUACAGAAGUUGAUGUAUAUAACCCCGGAAACAGAACUAAAGUUCCUGAUGUACUGUUCUAUGAAAAUGCACAGCAUUUAUCAGUAAUGGAGGACAUGGUAAAAGAUUUUAUACUUGGAGAACAACUACUGCUGGUCGGUAACCAAGGUGUUGGCAAGAAUAAGAUUGUUGAUAGAUUCCUACAUCUUCUCAACAGACCUAGAGAAUAUAUACAGUUACAUAGAGAUACCACAGUACAGACACUCACCUUGCAGCCCACUGUUCAAGAUGGUGUCAUCAUUUAUGAAGAUUCUCCUCUAGUGAGGGCAGUUAAACUUGGUCAUGUGUUAGUUGUAGAUGAGGCAGACAAGGCCCCGACAAAUGUGACCUGUAUAUUGAAAACAUUGGUAGAGAGCGGGGAAAUGCAUCUAGCUGAUGGCAGAAGAAUAGUUGCAGCCAACUCUGGUAUGAAACCAUCAGACCAGGUGAUAGUGUCCCAUCCAGAUUUCAGAAUGAUUGUACUUGCAAACAGACCAGGCUUUCCUUUCCUUGGAAAUGAUUUCUUUGGUGCUAUGGGUGAUAUAUUUAGUUGCCAUGCAAUAGACAAUCCUGACAAAGCCUCGGAAAUGUCGAUGUUGCGCCAGUAUGGACCCGACGUUCCAGAAGCCAUACUUGAGAAACUUGUGCUAUCAUUUGGAGAGUUGAGAGAUAUGGCAGACCAGGGUCUUAUAGCCUACCCUUACUCCACCAGAGAAGUUGUUAACAUGGUUAAACAUCUGCAGAAAUACCCAAAUGAAGGCCUUACAUCUGUGAUAAAGAAUGUGUUUGACUUUGACUCGUAUAACUCUGAAUUGCAAGAAGUCCUUAUUACAACUAUGCAAAAACAUGGGAUUCCUUUAGGGGCCAGCGCGGACAGUGUUCAACUUGCCAAGGAAUUCCCUCUGCCUGACUUUGAGUUGGCUGGUCAGUGGAAUAUACAGCGUCAGGGCGGGAGGAGAAAAACUGCUGUAAUGGCCUUACCUGUACAGACAAGAAAACUGGGACUGAAAGGCCCAGUAACUGUGCGUGUAGAAUCAAUGCCUAUAGAUAGAACUGAAGCACGCUCGGAUAAGUUCACGGAGCAACAAGCAUUUUGGAACGUCCCCCUUCAUGAAACAAACAUCAUUUGUGAUAUAGCUGUUACAAAAGCAAUUAACAGGAGUCCAGGCCACACCACUUCAGACAUUAUACAUAUCGGAACUGCUAAUCCUGUAGGACUGUACUCAAUGAACCCACGUACUAUGACUGCAAACUUUAUCGACAUGUAUGAUGUUUUCCCGAUGAUAAGUGGCUCAUUCAGACCAUAUGUCAAACUGUACCCCCUUGGAGCCCCACUAGAUGAUAAUGUCAUCCUCCAUGAAGAAGUGACAAAUACAGUGCUGAAUGUGAACUUUGAGACAGGGGAGAUAUCUCGUAUUGUGAUAGACAGUUUACCUCAGACAGCACCAGACCGUAGUAGAUUUGUAUCAGCAGCAGCAACCAAGUCUAGUCCAUACAGACUGUGCUCAAGUAAUGUUCCAGAUCCCUAUGGUACAGUUGUCUUCUUUGAGAAAAAUGGAGACUUUCUGGAGAUAAUGAGUUUGUUAGAGGGUAUCUCUCACAAUGUAUCUUUACCAAUGCAUGUGGAUGACGUGCACCAGAUUGGCUUAAACCAGUGGAUACUGACUGAGGCCAAAACUAACAAGAAAUAUAUGAUAGUUAGGGAUGGAAUUGAAGACUUCAAGUUAAACACUAUCAUUGAAGAAGGAGGUGCUGGUGCUUAUGUGCAGAAGUGUUCUACAGUACCUAUGUCUGAUAGUGUUCUAUCUGCCACACUUGGAGAGAAAGUAUCCUCACCAAACAGAGUGCUGGUCACUCCAGAUUCCUAUGGUAGUGUACUGAAGGGAUUUCCAGAUCUGAGUCAGGCAGAUAUAUACAAAAGUCCAAGAGAACCAUUGAAAAAUGAACAACCCAGUUCAGGGGACCAGCUGCUUGGAUUUACACGGAAACAAGACAAACAAAGCCAGGCACCAUCCAUAGUGUAUCUUCCAGGUUGUGGCCAGGUUGUCAGGACAAUACCUACAUGGAAAGCACCAGAAGGUGUUCUACCUAAAGACAAGCGCCCUUACCUAAGUGGUUUGUUAGAAGUGUCAGAUUUAGCCAAUCACAAACUACGAUACAUACUGGUUCCUGGAGCUACAAGACAAUCACCCUAUGCAUCCUGGUUAUUCAAUAUUUCUGACACAAGUAUACUGAUGGCGGAAACCAGUAACGAUGGUUUGGUUACCGUAGAUGUAGGUGGAUGUGUGCGAUUGUGGGAGACUUCAGUCAUUAACCUUGAAAGGUCAAUGGCAGAAUGGAAGAAUAUGAUUGGCUGGCAGGAUACAAGACCUCUACAGGUAACCUAUGACAGAGAAAGUGGUCGCACGGCUGACGAUCCUAAACAUGGAAAAGUUGACUCGAAAAAUGAACCUCAUGUUGGUGGCAAUACAUGGGCAGGUGGCACUGGUGGUAGUAAUACAGCUGGGCUAGGAGGUAUUGGAGGACCAUACAGACUGGAUGCUGGUCACAAUGUAGCUCAGGUAGCACAGUGGGAGAAAGAUAAUGUACCGGAACAUGUACGUAAAGCUGCUAGAGAGAUGGCACAAAAAGCUUUCAAAGAAAGGUUGAAGGAAAUUCAAAUGAGUGAAUAUGAUGCUGAAAAUUAUGAGAAUUUUGCUGGCCACGUACGAAGACAAGUUCAAUCACUGAGGGUCAUCAUAGACAGCCUGCAGGCAAAGAGUAAAGAGCGCCAGUGGUUGAAGAACCAGACAUACGGGGAUUUAGAUGAUGCUAAACUGAUUGAUGGCCUCACCGGGGAGAAAACUGUGUAUAAAAGACGCGGUGAAAAAGAACCAGAGAUGGGAGCUAAGCAAGAACUACCAAAGAAGUUACGAUUAUUGAUGGAUGUAUCGGGAAGUAUGUACAGAUUUAAUGGCCAUGAUGGAAGGUUAGAGAGAGAGAUGGAAACUGCUAUAAUGGCUAUGGAGGCUUUAGAAGGAUAUGAGGACAAAAUCAAGUUUGACAUAGUUGGCCACUCCGGUGAAGAUCAUAAAGUUGAGCUCUCCAGUUUCGAGAAACCACCAAAGAAUAACAAAGAAAGAUUGAAGGUUGUCAAGACAAUGCAUGCACAUUCACAGUUUUGUCUGAGUGGAGACACCACACUAGAAGCCACACGCUAUGCUAUUAACACAUUAGCUAAGGAAGAAGCUGACGAAAGGUUCCUCAUAAUUCUAAGUGAUGCCAAUUUUGACCGUUACGGCAUCUCUCCCGCCAAGUUUGGUCAGAUACUGCGAAGUGAUGAAAAUGUGAAUGCCUAUGCAAUUUUUAUAGGCUCUCUGGGUGAUCAAGCUCUUAGGUUACACAAACAAUUACCAAUGGGUCACGCCUUUAUCUGCCUUGAUACGAAAAACUUGCCACAGAUAUUGCAGCAGAUCUUUACUUCUACCAUGCUGUCAAAGUAAAUAUAAAUUUAUGCAUCACAAGGACCUGUGUGAAAUAUGAUACAAAAAUGUCUUAGACAAGUCCCUUUGGUUAUGAAGGCCUGUUUGUUUACUAGAGCCAACAUUAUCUUAUCUUGGCAAUCUUCUAGAACAUGCUGGAGCCAAGUAGCAACAACAUUUUAUCAUGGCAAUCUUCUAGAAUAUACUUGAGCCAAGUAAUAACAUCUUAUCGUGGCAAUCUUCUAGAACAUGCUGGAGCCAAGUUGCAACAUCAUCUUAUCAUGGCAAUCUUCUAGAACAUACUGGAGCCAAGUAGCAACAGCAUCUUAUAGCAAUCUUCUAGAACAGGCUGGAGCCAAGUAGCAACAACAUCUUAUCAUGGCAAUCUUCUAGAACAUGCAACAUCAUCUUAUCAUGGCAAUCUUCUAGAACAUGCUGGAGCCAAGUAGCAACAUCAUCUUAUCUUGGCAAUCUUCUAGAACAUGCUGGAGCCAAGUAGCAAUAUCAUCUUACCAUGGCAAUCUUCUAGAACAUGCUGGAGCCAAGUAGCAACAUCAUCUUAUUAUGACAAUCUUCUAGAACAUGCUGGAGCCAAGUAGCAACAUCAUCUUAUCAUGGCAAUCUUCUAGAACAUACUGGAGCCAAGUAGCAACAGCAUCUUAUGGCAAUCUUCUAGAACAUGCUGGAUGGAGCCAAGUAGCAACAACAUCUUAUC